GCUAGUAUAUCGCGGUGAGUAUUGGGCUACAUUUAAUCUUCCUUGAACAAAAAUAGAAAUAAGCCACGGAGUAAGAUGGCAGAUCUCAGAGUGAGACAAGGGUAACAAACUUUCACUUUCACAUCACGAUGCUGAAACUGCGAUACCAAUCAUCGCGUCCCAAACCAUCUUCCUCACUCCCGAAGACAAGCCCCAGAAAGCAAUGAAAAGAAUAAGAAAACACGCCUGUCAGACGUCCAUCAACACCCACCCCAGCCACGCGCCCGAAGGCAAGACCACAGCUGGGGUCGAGAUCAUCAAGCAAACCAUCUCUAUACAGCAGCUGCACGAGGCAACCACCGCCAUCCUUGCGGACAGAGCGAGAGGACCAAAAGGGUAUUCACUCUAGGGUGUCGAGGAUAUACAUUCAUCAACCAGGGUGGGAUCUGUGGCUCUUUUAGGGAACCAAGAGAAGGUCGAAUACUAUAGAAAUGAUUCUC